AUGGCCAACGGUGUGUGGAGAUGCCAGAAUCUCUCUAUCAGGAACGAAUGCAAUCUUACACUUUUGCGCUCCACGCUAGGCUGGUACUUCGCAAAGGUGACCCCUCCCCGUUUUGCGGCUGAUAUUCACGACGAGCUUGUUGGUUUUAGGCAGCUCUCACUCCCCCUGCGUGUAAUCCCCUUGGGUCGUGGUUUCUUCACUCUCAUCCUAUCGUCUAUGGAUGACUACGCUAAAGCUAAGUUAAACUCUUCCUUGAAACUUCGUCAUGGCUUACUUUCGAUUAAAGAUUGGUCUCCGAAGUUUGAUCCCUACAAGCAAAAUUCCUCCCUGGUGCAGGUUUGGACCCGCAUAUACUAUCUUCCUCACGAUUUUUGGCACCCAAAAUUUCUCACUGGAAUUGCCCAUGCCAUCGGUACACCCAUUAAGAUGGAUGGUCCGACUUUUAAUAGAGACGUGCGACAUUUUGCCCGAAUCUUAAUCGAGAUAGACAUUUCUCAAGAACUCAUAUACACUAUUCCGAUAAGUCGUGGCGCGGAUUGCUUCGAUAUUAAAUUUAGUGAAGAAAACUUGCCGUAUUUUUGUGGUAUAUGCCAUAUGGUUGGUCAUUCGGUUACACACUGUCGUCGUCGCCCAAAGGUUGAUAAUGCUGCUGAAUCUCCUCCUGAAUCGGCUGACAAGAGCAAUGAUAAGGGAGAUGACUCCACUUUGGUCAAUAGAAGCAAGAAAAAUAAUUCACAGGCAUGGGAAAGUACAGGCCAAUCUCGGGAUCACGCCCAUGGGACUGAUCAUUUGGCUAAGGGAGACCAUCAACAAACUUCUGGGGGUCAUAUUGCUGGGGGCCUUGGCGAAGAGGGGAAUUCCAUGUCGAGGCCGGACAUCUUGGAAUCGAUACUUCGUAAGGCUCCGGUGGGAUGGGAACAACCUACAGGGAAUAAUGCUAGCUCUUCUGCUUCGGUUAUUAGUGAUGCCAUUGCCUCUAGAAACUCUUUUGGAGUUUUAGAGGAUAUCACGGAGGGGGAUGUAGCUGAUAAUGCUACGGAGGCUAAUCAAGCCCAGAAAGUUGUCAUAGAUUCUCAUGAUUCUUCUUUUAAUAGUGGAACUCUGAUUCAGGAAUUUUCCCAAACACUUGGGGUGCUUCCUGCUAGUGAUUUGGCUAUAGCUCCUCUAACGACCACUUCAUGCUCGGAGUCUAAAUUUGGGACCCCCAAUGGGGUGGCUAAGGGGUCCAGUUCGAAUGCCACUGUCGUUGAUGCUCAGUGUGAGUCAUAG